UCGAUAAAAAAACCCACAUCUUGUUCAUCCUUCCUACACUUAUCCCUGACACCUCUCUGUUUAGUAAACUGCAAUGAGAGUAUCUUUAAAAAGUGGAAAAACUGACUUAACCAAAAGCAGGUCCAUGUCGCCAAAGAGCGAUUGAGCGACGAGCACACCUCUUAGAGGAAAUAUCAGUGCAUACCUUGAGUUAUUCUGAAGCACGAAUUUAUGAAAGAUGGUGGAGAUAUGGUUUGCUUGGAAAUGAGAACUCCCCACAGAAAUUCGGCGACCUGAGCAAGGAAGCAAGACUGUGAAAAGUGUGUUUUGUCACAGCGCACCAUUCGAAAGAGAAACUGAAAAAAAUUGUCCAAGAACUUGUCACAAUCGAAAAGACGUAUCUGGAUAGGUGUGAAAAAAGAAGUUUUAAGUCCGUGAAACAGAUCAUUUGGGAAAUUUCAUAGUGCAGAAACAACAGAUACUGCAAGUAUUCCCAUGGAAGGAACGGCAGCCAUGAAAAAUGAAACUUUCUCAUGUUAUCAUUUCAUCAGCAUUGACUUCGCUUAUGCAGAUUCUUCGCUCGGCUGGUACAUUUUCAGUUGUGUGUUAACCGUGUUAUUCGCCGUCACCGCCUCGUUCGCCAAUGUAUUGGUUCUUGUUGCCAUUGUUAGAACUCCUUCGCUUCAUUCUCCGUCUAACACGCUCCUAUCUGGUUUAGCGCUAGCUGAUCUGGGAGUCGGUUUGUUGGUUCAUCCUCUAUUCCUCAUGCUAAUUCUUGGGAAAAUCACGCAAAACAAGAGCGUUUUCUGCGAAGCAGGAAUCGCGAUUGAAGUGAUUGCAAAUGCUCUUUGCAUCAUUUCUCUUUUGACUGUAACUGCGGUUAGCCUUGACAGGUAUUUGGCUCUUCGCCUCCACCUUAGGUACAAGGAACUCAUUACAAUCAAACGUGUAAUAAUCGUUUUAGUAAUUAUCUGGAUUACUGGAGCGCAUUCUGGUACACUAUGGCUCUACAAACAUGACAUGGUGAAAUGGAAUGUUAUUGUAAUAAUUAUACUAUGCCUUAUGGCUGCACUGUUUUCUUAUUUUCAAAUUUAUCGCGCUGUUACGCGCGCUAUACAUUCAGAAUUGAUCAUAAAAUGUUCUGUGGAUCAAAACUGCGAGGCAAUGAACAUGGCGAGGUUCAAAUCGCACACCAUCAGCACCUUUCUGGUCUAUUGCUUGGUCAUGUUGUGUUAUUUGCCGUAUUUCUGUGUCAUAAUCGUUGUGAUACUGACAGGACCAUCAAUUUCAAAGCGGUUUGCGUAUGAUAUGACUGCAGUGGGGGUUUUUCUAAACUCUUCACUCAACCCGUUAGUGUACUGUUGGCGUUUGGGAGAUGUUCGUAAUGCGGUGAGAAAAACUGCAAAGCUGAUGGUCCCGGCCCAGUUUAAAAGAGAAGACGCAACGGUUGGACCGGCUUAAAAGCGCGCAGGUGCAGGAACGAACUGUGAUAUUUGCAAGUUUCCCAACGACAACGAUCUAAGUUCGAAAGGAAGAAGUGAGGAAGUGCCUGGUUAUAUUUUUGUGAAGAAAUUGCUAACGUAAUAAUAAAAAAAAAAACUAUUGGCAUCA